GCCCCUCUAACAGCAGUCCUCCUGAAUUCCCACCACCGCGACCCAUGCCCAGACAUCCCUGGCAGCGAUCGGCCAGUUGCCGCGAAUUGUACGCUUCUAGUUUCGAGGAUUCCGGCAAAGCGCGAUCGAAGGACGAGAAACCGUCCGGAGAGUCCGUGUUGUUAGAACCGUUCCGGUUGCCCUCUCAGGGCGAGCUGGACAAUCCCGUGACGCGGUACGACGAGAGCAAUCGGUCGUACAGCGCCGCCAGCUCGAAGUUACCCUCGCUGGAUCACGACUCGGUGCCCGAGCGUGUCUACAGUAGCUCCUAUCCGGGAACCUCGUCGUUGUCCACCGAAUCGGGACACGAGGAGUCCGGUCAGGCGGGUGAUCUGUCUCACGACGAUCUAUCCCACGAUUCUUACGAGCUUCUCGAACGCGAGCACGAAUUUGAAUACCCGGAGUCGUACUCGAGUCCGCGCGACUACGACGACGACGAGGAGGAGGAGGAGGAGAACGAGCCGAUAUCGGACCACAGCGACGAAGGAAUCGAGCACGAGAUGUUCCAAAUGGACUCCGAGACCGAUUCCUUCGUGAAGCACAGGUCGAUCAAACAAUCAGAGAAGCAACAAUUCAAAUCCGUGCUCGCGGACUUGAAGAACGCCGCUAGAACGAGAUCCAUUGAUCGGUACUCGGCCGCGCCCUCUAAAUCGGACGGUGAGUACGUGACCGUAGAAUCCAGAAUACAACGGUCCAGUACGCAGAUCGAGCGCAAGUUCGAGACGCGUCACGCGAACUCUGUCGACGUUCCCGCGCCGCAUACAGGGGGCAACUUGUUGCCCUUGCCCCAUCAGGAUUCCGCGCGCAAGGACCCGGUCGUGUUGCAAGUGCAGAAGCAAAAGAUGUCCGUGCUGAACGAAUUGAGGAAUCUCAAGCCCAAGCACAAGAUCACGCACGUGGACUCCGAGGUUCUGCGCGACGAGGGCAUCAUGCGGCCCAAGUCGCGUAUAGACGACGAUUCGAGCCCCGUGGACACGACCAAUCGCACGAUCGUGGACCAGAGGGCCAGGACCGUGCGUGCGCGCAGCAUCGCUAGCCUCGAGGACCAUCACGCGCCCCGAGCGUACGUGGAGACCGGUAGUUUGGGCAGGGGUCUAAAGACGAGGGACAAGAAGCAACGCGAGAGCGACGCGAAGCUCGAGAGAACGUUGGCGAAGCUGCAGGAUAAGGAUCGCAGGAGCGUCGAGCGCGAUGAAAGGAAACGCAUCGAGAGGGAUUACUCCAGGGAUUACGGUAAGAAGAUGGAGAAGAUCGAUUCCCGAGAACGUAGAUCGAUCGAGAGAUUGGAUUCCCGCGAGAGAAAAGAGGUUCACGGUCGUCGCAGCGUGGAUCGCGUGGACCUCCGGGAACUGAGGAGAAGCAUCGAGAGGCUAGACGUCAGGGAAAGGAGUUUCGAGAGACUAGACUCGAAGGAGAAGCCUCAUUACGAUCCUCACGAGCUGCGCAGGAAGAGCUUCGAACGUUUAGAUUGUCAGGGCCUGCCGGGAAGUACGGAGUACUUGAACAGAAGCCCCAAAGAGCGGAGCCAUCGACACGACUCCAGAGAGCGUCGCGAGAGAAGCGUGGAGCGGUUGGACUCGAAAGAGAAAAGAAGAUUCUCCGGUGGCAGGCGUAACACCAUCGACUACAACCAAAGGCACACCUUGGAGCGUUUCGAUUCCGGGAACAGGAGUCCCUUCGAGCGUCUCAGCGCCAGGGAGCUGCAGCAGCGCGGUAGAAGCGUGGAGAGGUUGGAUUCGCAGGAGAGGCCGACCUUUGACUUCGAUCCCGUCACUAUCGAGCGUUUAAAGUCCCUGGAACGCUGCAACUCGAAGGACAGAGGUUACGAACGCAAGAGCUUCGAACGGCUAGACUCUCGCGAGCGACGACACUCGCGCGGCAGCAGAAAGAGUCUCGAAUGCGUCGAGCAGGACGCCAGCGAGUGGAGGCGGGUUAUUAGUUCGGAGAAGAUUGAGUGCAAGGACACGCGCAAGAGCAAAGCCAGAGCGGAGAAGAUGAAGUCUGAGGAAAGACCGCGGGAGAGGGACGACUGGAGAAGCCUGGAGAAGGCGCGGAAGGACGAGGAGAAGCGCGAGCGCGAACGUCAGGCGCGACUGUCGUUGGAAUCUAGAACGGACACGGUGAUAGGCGUGCCGCUGGAGAUGGAGAACCUCAAGUCCAAGACGGUGUUCACGGAAUACGAGCCCAAGAUCGUGGGUGGCGUGGUGCUAGGGUUCGACGACACGAUUCCAGGGCACACGCCUGUCGAACGCACGAAGAGCGACCCUAAUCCCGCGCGACAGCGACUAGGCUCGAACAACAAGCGACACAUACUCAUGCAUCAAAAGUCCAUCGACCUGACCACCGCCGAUUCCGGCGACGAGGAUCCCUUCUCCGACAGCGCGGCCGUCCAGAAGACGAACAUGGAGAUUCCCUACACGCUGCACAAGCGACACGUGAUGAACGGAACAGCGUCCACGUCCGACGAGAAAUCGGAGUCCGACAGCGGCAAAACUUGCAAGAAAACCGGCAGCGCCAAAGAUCUGCCCAAGCUGCCGUUAAAAAUGAUCGCGGACAUCACCUGCUUCGAUCUGUCCAAGCUGACCUCGAUUGACAAAACCGGCACCAAACACUCGCCAGAUAAACCCAAGAGCACGCCGAUCACUAGACCCAAGUCGAUACUGAGUCCAUCGGACAAACCCAAGAGCAUCCUCAGUCCCACGUCCAAGCUGUCGCCAACCGACGCCAAGAGCGUCUGCAGUUUCUCGCCCACGAACAGGAGUCCCUCCAAGGGGAAGUCGCUCCCGAAGUCUGUGUCGUUGGACAGAGGCAGGACCACCGAAAUCGUCAUCGAGGAUCGCGCGUGCGUGAAGUCAUCCAGCCUCGAUAAAAAACCGUCGCCCUCGAAGCUGUCGCCUAUCGAGCCCAACAUCACCAUCGUCACGGCCAUCGAGAAACGCUCGCCCAAGGUGUCGCCCACCGAUCCUAACGUCACGAUCGUCUCCGUGAUACAGAAGAAGAGGUCCUCCGACGCGUCGAAAAGUCUGGGCGGUCAACGGUCGCUGGACUCCAAGUCCAAGGCGUUGAAUUUCGCGGACGUGGUCGGCAUGGAGAUGAAGAUGAAGUUGGAGCGCAAGGCCAAGUCGUCCGAGAUAGAGAAGGACAGUCUCAAGGCGCCCGAAGAGAGCAUCGAGAAACAGGACAGCAUCGAGAAGAUACCUCUGCCCGAGAUUCCGGGCCUCGUCAUCGACAAUACCGCGGAAGAGACGAACGAGAUUAAGGAAGCUGAGAUACCACCGCCGAUAGAAGAGAAGGAGAGCAAGAAAUCCUCGCCGUCGACUCCCACGGUCGUGGUCCCCGAGAAGCCAAAACUUCCAGAGAAACCGAAACUCCCGGAGAAACCGAAACUCCCGGAGAAGCCAAAAAUUCCCGAGAAGCCUAAAACCCUGGAGAAGCCCAGCAUCCCCGAGAAGACGAAACGCAUUCUGGAGAAGAUCGAGUCGAAGUUUUCCGAGGUGAACAGGAACUCCGCGACCAGAGUAGCCAGGCCUAAGAUCAUCGACACCGGGUUCGACGAUUUCAUGGACCCAGUCGCUGAUUUGCCUCUGGACGACGUACCCGUGAAGCCCGCGUUGGAACUGGACAGCCUUAAGGUUCCGGAGUUCGUUCCCUUCAUGUCGCGGCCCCACGGCGAACCACUGCGAUCCAAGUCGCUGUCGUUGGCCGAGGAGAAGGCGCCCAUCGACACGCUGCUUUCGCCGGAAGUGGAGAACAAGCAUUUCGUGCCGGACGUGUCCCCGAAGAAAGCGAAGAAGGUCAAGUCUGAGAUGAAGAAGGACUUCAAGAAACAGUCCAAGUCCUUGGAAGGCGACAAACCACCUAUGAAGAAGACGGGAUCCAAGGAGUCGCGGGCCCCGACGCCCAGCUCGAAGAUCGACAAGUCCAAGCUGAAAUUGGGGGAGAUGCCGCAGGAGAUCAUCAUCAUCGAUUCCACGGACGUGGCUCCCGAGGUGAGCAUAGUACAGAAGGGUAGAUCAAAGUCCGUCACCAGGUUGCCCGAUAAGCCGUACGCGGCUACGAAAAAUGAAAAGGAGGAUACCAAGACUCGAGCAAAGUCGGCUUCCGUGGACGACGACAUACUAAAACUCGCUGCGAAGACCGAGAAGGCUAGACCUAAGUCUUUGGGUAUCUCUAAAAGUCUAGGUAGCACCGAGAAGAAGGACUCCACGGAGAAGAUAUCACCGAAAAGAACAGUCGCGAGAGUAAAAUCUGAGGCUAAAUCGACGGACCUUAAAUCGCCCACUUCGACGAAAGAUCCACCCAAGCAGGAGUCGAAAGUGUCGCGCCAGACGGAACCUAAGACCACUGUCGAUGGCGAGGGACACGCGUUGUCCGAGGAAAAUCGAAUCACGCGAGAAGAGGAGAUUAAAGUGGACGCAAAAAUUACCGAAGAACAAAAAACCAUCGUCGAUGCGUCCAAGGAAUCCAGGGACUCCAAAGAUUCCAAGGAUUCGAAGAAAGCUCCUCUCCCCCAAGAUUUGACCCAAUCGCCAGUUGUUCUGCGCAAACCUGGUCAGACUCCGGUACUGUUCGCCCGUGCGCGUCUAGGGCUCUCCGAAGGUAGCGGAAUCGGUGCGCUGCAAAGGCAAGGCGCGACACAGUCGCCGACGUCUCAGAGACGAGCCAAGUCCCUGGACGCGGCUGUGAUCGCGGUGCACAGGUUACCACCCGCCAACGCGUUCUCCAGCAAAGAUGACACCGUGGACAUGUCGGAGGAUCGAGAAGAUCAGAACCAAGAGGUUCGAGACAAUGUCGUGGCUGAGAUUCCGAGCGCGUCCAAGCCCCAAACGGUUCAGCCGAUCGAAGUGUCGCCCAAUCACAGAUCCGACAGCACCGACCACACCGCUAUCCCAGAAAUUUUCACGGAUUCUCUAUCCGUCACCGAAACCUCGGCCCAGUACCUGGAAUCACCGCUGACCGAGUGCAACGAGAUCAUCGCGGCGACCGUGGACUUGAUCCCUUACGAAAGGGACACGAUGGAGGCAGAAGCCAGGGAACAUCAGACGGCGCUGGAAACCGUCAGGGUGGACGACAGAACGAAAUUCAUCGAUCAGAGUUCCGUGGAGUCUGGUGGUGGCGACCAAGACGGUUACCAAUCCGACAGAGCUGCCAGAACUGACAAAGUCGAGGGGUCCGUUUCGCGAGGCACAGUCGAAUCCAUCCCAUCCGCGAAAGAUAGAAUUCCUGAGCACCUUGAUAGAAGAGUCGACGAAGUAGAGGCCAGAGGUACCAGCGAGCCUGAGGAGAUGUGGAUGUCGCGAUUGGAGUACGAAGAGUCUAGAACAUCUGCGGAGAGGGACGAUCUGCCCGACGUGACGGUGACGGUGAGCGCCGCGCGAGAGGACUACGAGUACUCCAGGUCGAUCGACUUCGACGAGAACCAAGAGAUGGUCAAGUCGCCGAUUCAGAUCUCCAUCGAGGAGUGUUCGGACGACGAGGUGGUGCAGAGCGACGAACAGGACUAUCGCGACGCCCAAGAACAAGACGGCGACGAUAAUCGGCCGUUGGACUCCGCGGACACCAGCGAGGACACUCUGGACGCCUUGGACACGCAGGUUCACACGAGGGGCGUGGACAGCGAGUUGAGCUCUCCCGAUUACGGCGUGGACAGAAUGGAUGAGAAGACUCUGGUGGAGGUAGAACUGACGCCCGAGUAUCUGGAGAUGAGGAGAGAGGACGACGAAGGGACCGAGGAGUUGCCCGAAGACGAGCCCGAGGAGAGAGCGAAACGAUCGCCAGAGUUAGGUAUCGGCACGGCGAACCGUUUAUCGAUCGACAAGAAGCUCAAACUGAGCAGCGAACGUUCGAAGAGCGAGGAGACCAACACCUGGACGCCUGAUCGCGAGGAUCCAGAAUCCAGUUCUUGCUCGAUCGCGAGACCUCUGGGGAUAGGCCAGAUUCAGCCGAUAGUGGAUCGUCGGGAGAUCGCUGCGAUGAAAGACGCUCGUGGCGGAAGCGGGUCUCUGGAGGAAGAAACCAGCAGUAGUUCUCAGCCUGGGUUUAGGCCCGAGAUGAGCUCGACGUGGAAGUCCUUUCCUCUAGAGAGUUCCGGGAGUUCGAGUAUAGAAGACGGUUGGGUGCCUCAGGACGAGAACAACGCCGUCCAGUCACAGUCAGAGGACAGCAACGGACAGAACGAGGACAGUUUUCAAGAGGAUUUGGCUGACUUUCCAGGGAGCUUUAUCUAUCCGAUCGGUCCGGAUAUCUUGACCAGCUGCGGGACGUUCGCGCUGACGCGAACGCUCUCGAGGAUAUCGGAGAGGUCCACGACGUCGGAGCAGGACAAGAGCGAUCUCGAGGACUCGUUCAAGCCCAGCUCGAGGUCUCCGAGCCUGGACGACGAGUCUCUGAUGUCGAGCGAUCAUCAGCCCUCCUUGUCCUCCGAUCCACCGUCCGGGACCGCUCUUCCCUCGGUUUCGGAUGACCGACGUACCUCCUCCGAGUUACCGGACAUUCCCAUCGACGUGCUGGGCCAGGACGAGGACGCCAGGUCACCGAAAUCGGCGGGUAGAUCCAAGCUGCAGGCUCAGAGCUCGGAGGACUGGCCGUCGCCGCCGAGUUCGCCGGUCUUCGAGCCUCCCGUGGUCAGUCACGUCGAGACCUUUUACAUGGAGAUCAAGCCCGAGGAGGCGGUGAAGGUGACGGUGACGGACAGCACCGAGACUCCCGGUCGGGUGGAUCACGACAGCGACUCCAGCGACGAGAACAGAACGCUGCACGACGACCUGCACUCCACGUUCUUAGAGGAUGGCCAGAGUUCCACGUCGGCGACCACCGUCGACGGAACCGUGAAGAUAGCCGUGAAGCCCAAGUUGAACAUCACCGGUUCCUCUCACAGCGAGGACACGUCCAUGGGUCUGUCCAUGUCCGAGUGGUCGAGCUCGAACAACACCGUUCGUCAGUUCUGUCAGUACUCGGGCACCAAAUCGGACGAUAACUCUUUGGCAGAGUUGGGAGCCUCCAUCUCGGACUGGUCGGGCAGCGCCACCGUGAUACCUCAGCAAUACUACUCGACGAUGACGGUGGAGAAGAGCCAAAGCGACACAACUACCUCGGAUAAGAGCGUCACCAGCAUGAGACCCAACUCCAAGUGCAGAACGGCCGACAGUCCACCGCCUCCUCCGUCCUCGCCUCCGUUGCCUUUGCCUUCGCCAUCGCCGCCUCUCACUCCUCCGCCUGACGUCGACAAGCGGUGUCCACCGUUCGACGACGACCAGAAGUCCGACGACGGCCGAGCGGCCAGGGACGAGCAACUGGAUGAGGCGAGGAGAUUCAUCGAGAGCCAGUUCGACGAACAGCGUCGACGGUACGAAGAGGAACAGCAACAGCAACAGCAACAGUCUAGCGCUAGGUCGUACGCCGAUAUCUCGCCGCCCAGGAUCACUUUACAGAACGAAUUCGACGAGACCGUAGACGACGAGUUCAGAGUGAUGUCGGACGACGGGGACGCGCCGUUGCCUAUCCUCGAGGAGGAGGAGGAACUCGACGAGGACGAGGAUAGAUUGUACGACAACGUGCCAGCGAUGAAGUACUCGAGCGGAGAUCAGAUUCGGAUGGAGGUGGGCCGUGGGGACAGUUCCGAGGAUAUGCACGAGAAGUACGCGAAUCUAGCGUUGGGCCCUCGAGCACCUCAGGACGACGAGUGGUCGUUCGAGGACGAGAGGGACGCGGUCGUCGAGAAGGAGAAGACCAGACCGACGGGCAAGUUCGAACGAGGCUUUUCGGAGCCUACGGAGACCGCUAGGUACCACGAGACCAGGUCCACCGAGCGUCCCGUAGUCGUUCCCAUCAGAGCAAAGUCGACGCCCUAUUACUCGACGACCAGCCUGAGCGGCGAAUCCACCACCUCCAGUCCCCCCAUGCCGAUCAGAACGCAGAUCCGCACGAAAACGAUGCCUUACCCGUCGAGCAGAAGUCCCCAGAGCGAGGGCGACACGUCCUCGAGCAUGGACAGCCCCGUACACACGCCUGUCCGCGGUCAGAUAGCCGUCCGUCGAAGAAGACGGGAGAACUUGAAGAGACGGCAUCGGGUGGUGGUCGAUCUCGAAGUGAAAGACGGUCGGAUCGUCUCUAGUACCGACUCCAGCUUCGACGUUGCCACCAUACCGCCGCCUCUGCUCGCCGAGCGGCCGAGUCCCGACGUCGACGACGACGACGAGUACUCCGAGACCAAGGACGAGCACCGAGAGAAUUCGAAUCGACGCCAGCAGCGUUGACGGGACACUGCUCGAACACGAACAGCCUUACUUGACUCUUUCGUCGACGGAACCGGAACUGGAUGGCCGUGAACGCUGGAUCGCUCGGGGCGAUAUAGAAAUGCUGGAACUGUUUGUCGAGUUUAGUACGAGAUGCGUCUGUUGGUUCCUCUGGCUCUCGCAGCUGAUGCGUGCACGCACGCGUGUCUGGUCGGAAUUGAGCGCACGCGUCGAAUUGAUAGACUAUAUAUAUUCCUUCGUUAACGCGUUCCGAGUCGGCGAUCGUUCUCGCGCUCGUGUUCGCGAUCAAAGAAUUGGGGAAAAAGGGUGGUGGGCACGUUUGGAAAGACGACGCGAAGAGAUCGUUCCCGAACCCGAACCCAAACCUAUUCUCUUCGGUCCGAUCGACGUCGACGAGAGGAGAUCCAAACUUGCGAACAAUCUAGUCUAACCUAUCGCGUUUAAGAGUGUAAUUGGUACGUUUGUUACGCGUUUUAGAAACUCGAUUUACUUUGAUAUCGUCGUUAAUCACGUAGAGAGGCACUCGAUGUGCCGCGCUGUAAACGUAUGACAGACCCGACGCGAAGACACGAAUCGAACACCUGUUAACGAUACUAGUCUAUAAAAAGUUACGACAGAUACACGGUAAGAAACGGUUGGAGACACGUGCUUACGUACGCACGAGUUCGUUGAGUCUUGCUGGAUUAGGGAAUACGACACGCCGAACGCAUUUCCCGUGCAGAAACAUUUUAACACAUCAAGGACCGCACAUUUAGAGACUGCUUGUAGAAAACACGAGAAAACUCGUGAGCGGUCCUUAAUGUGUUAAUUUUAGGAUAGAUUGUCAAUUCAACGAGCAGAAUGAUAUUUUUAACCGACUUCGAAAAGAAGGAGGUUACUCAAUUCGACAUGGUUUUUUUUUUUUUGUAUGUAUGUUACUCGAUUACGCCGAGAUGGCUUGACCAAUCGGGAUGAAACCUGUUGAAUCUUGUAGACUCUACAAUGUAGAGCAUGUCUUCGGGGUGGUUCCGUUAUCGAGACAUUUUAGGAUUUCUCAUUCGUAUACAGUCAGUGCAAUAAGUAUUCGUACAGGAACCAAUUCAAAAUCAAUCUUCAUAUAUUUAUUAGAGGGACCAGAAAGUAAUGUCGUUUCUACGAAUGCAAAUGCUUGUUUAUUAUUUACCAGCUCACCGUGUACCAAUCAAUUUUUAUCGAUCAGGUAUCGAACAUUUGCACACUAGAUGGCAGAAGGUUAUUGAUAACGAGGACAAUUAUAUAAUUGAUUAAAAAUAAAAACAUAUUAUACAUUUAUUUGUUCGAAUUUAAUACAAAAGAAACGACAUUACUUUCUGGUCCCCCAAAUAUUUUUAUAAUAAAUUUUAGAGGAGGAAAUAAUUAACCAACAUUCCCACAUAUUUUUAGAGUAGAUUUUUCGUACAUUAAAGUUUAUUACUUUUAAUGUCAACCUCUUAGUUCUUUUCUUAACAGUUUUUAUCGUAAAUUGGUUGCUGUACGAAUACUUCUUACACUGACUGUAUGUAUAAUUACGUUUCAAUGAGUGUGUAUUUAAGACAAACUUAAUGAGCAGAUUUAUCUAUUAUUUCUCUGGAUAACGUCAUUUUUAAAUAUCUUUUUUUUUUUAAGUACAUCAUUACUGUCGGUUUGUGAAUUAUUUCAUGAGGAGAAAUCAUUUUUAGUAACUUUGAUAACGUCAAUGAAAGAUAAUUUAAUAUUCAAGAGGUACAUCAAGAUAUACAAGCAAUGUGGAAUUUAACACUUUCGCUGCGAACGAAAAUAAGUAGCCGUUCGCUGGGAGCUGCAACUAUGAUAUUUUUUUUUAAUGACAAAUUUCUUACAAAUGUUCUAAUACGAUUGUUUUGAAAAACAUACAUUUAUGGUAACUUAUUUUAUAUAUAAUACGAUUGUCGAACAAAAAAAAAAAACUGAAAACUGAAAAAUAAUAAAAGCAACCAUAUAUUUUCAGUUGGACGCACAUGUGCGUCAUCCGCAGCGAAAGUGUUAAAGAAAAUUUGCCCUCGAAUAGCCUCGAAAAUACGAGUUUGCAUAAACAUUCACAAUCUAGCGACGAAUGUUACUUCAAAAUAUUAUUAAUGUCCAUAUCGUAGAAGUUAUAAAAGUCACAUUUAAGCCGUGUUAUUAUAAGAAAUUCACGAAAAGUGCGCGGUUGGCGAAGCGUUAAUUCUUAAUACACGAUGAUACGCGUCGUUCAUCGUGUCACUUGUGUCCUAAUUGGAUAAUAAGUUUAACAACCAGAAAAGAGGAAGGGAAUGCGUUUGGCGUGCAGUUUCUCCGCAAAUGGCGCGAGUUUGCGGACUCGUGCGUACGGGAUACGUUUCGAGAUUAAUUUAGGAUCGUAGCGGACUGGUUGCCGCGUAGCUACGGAAAAUGUUGAGUCAGAAUUCUCGAGAGAAAAGGGCUAUAGAAAUGGGCUGAGAGCGAUAGGAGUACCGCGAUGCUGUUCGAGUGUAACGAGAACGACAAUCAUUUGUUGAGAGUAAGGAAGGCAUCGUCGGAUGGGGCGGCAGAAGUUGUCUAUUUUGGUUCGAGAAUCGAAUCCUCGUUAAGCGGUCGUAUAUAAUUUGGUCGUAGUUUAGUUCGUAUCUCGUUUUAGGACGGAAGACAAGUUGCUCAACGUAGAUACUUAUAUGAAGAAAAAAAAAAAAUGAUUCCCGCGUACUUUCGUUGGUAUAAUAUACACAACGUACGCGCGUAUAUCGUAUGGAAUUGCGAUUCACGGUGCGAGUGGCUAAAACGGAACGCGCGGAAAACGUCAAAACGUUCGUCGUCGAAUUUGUAUCCAGAAUAUUCAGUCUUCUCAGUUUUAAGGAGAACCGAAAGAGUGAAAAGAAAAAGAUGGUUCCUUGAACGAACUUUUCGAUUCAUCUAUCCGAAAGACAGGAACUUACGGGGAGAACCCUACAGGUGCCCUUUCAGGGAAUUUUUAUGAAAUUACUGACUUUUUUCUAUUGAAAUUCAGCAGAAUGGUCGUUGUAGGGAACUAUUACAAAUAUCGUCUUCGUCGGAUACUUUAUCACGAAAUACUUCCUCGCUAUUUUCUCUAUCCUUGAAUACAAUUCUUUUCGUGGUUUUCGGAUGAAGGAGAUUAUAGCAUAAUUAGAUAAGGGAACGAGUAAUAUAGAAUAUAGGUAUUUGUAAGUAACAUAGAAUAUUUAAUAGAGUAUUUAAUACGAGUCACGUGAAAACGAGAAAAUAUCACGAUUAAUUUUUGUAUUCGUAAGGUAUCAAAUUUGUACAUUCCAUUGCUUCAAAUAGCAUUUAAACAGAAAAGAUCAAAGUUGAUGCAAUGUGCGUGGACAGCUGUAGGGUCUCCUCGUUGGACACGCUUGAUUCUUUGUGCAACACGAUUAUCGCGAAUAACCGUGAAAGAUAUGUGCUACAGCAAGCUGGAAAGAAGGCUAACGACAGAAAUUCGGGUAGGAUUGGCAUCGGUGAGACUCCGCUAAACAUCCUUUAUCGGAGAAUGUGAUUUGUCGAGAUGGUAUUGGGUUGACCCAAAAGUUUCUUUCCUUUUAUUAAUAAUUAAUGCAUACACAAUAUUUUAUGUUUUACGUUACAUUACAAAAUUGUGUAGAAUUCAUUUCGCUUCGUAACUGUUACAGCAUCAAUGUCUAAGAAAUUAGAUUGUCUAUUUAUAUAAACACUGCCACAGAA